AUGCCCCAUUAUUUGGAAAAUGCGAAAGUGGUUUCUCUCAUGGAUGUGAAUCAGGAGUGUUGGGAAGAAGACAUCAUCAAGGACAUCUUUGUACAUGAAGAUAUUGAUAACAUCUUAAGCAUCCUCUUGCCCCUUAAUAAAUUCUGGGGUGAAACUCUGAAGUGGACAGCAAUCUGGAACCUUUCUAUUCCUCCUAAGAUAAAAACUUUUGUUUGGCAAACCUGCUCCAACUGCCUUCCUUCUGUUGUUAAUCUCCGGAGUAGGAGAGUUGAGUGCCAAGUUGACUGCAAGUUUUGUAACUCUCACCCUGAAACUGUGGAUCAUCUCUUCACUGCCUUUGUAACAGUGUGCUGGAAAUUAUGGGAAGCAAUGAACAAGUUAGUGUGGCACAACCAGAGAUCUCAAUCAUCCUCAAUUGUGGAAGAAGCAGCGGUCUUUCUUCAUGCUUGGAAAAACAUCCACUACAAUCAUGACAAACCGGCAGCCAAUACUGGUACUCAAAGAUGGAUCAAACCCCCGCAUGGCAAGUUUAAACUUAAUGUAGAUGCUGCAAAUGAUCUUGGUAACAAAAGGACUGGCUUUGGUUGUAUCUUAAAAGACGAGGAGGGGAACUUUGUUGCUGCAUUCAGCAACGAUGUGAUAGUUCGUACCACCCCAAAACAGCGGAGGCAAUCACAAUUAGAGAAGCUCUCAAAUGGCUCAAGUCUUUGA